AUGCCCUGGACCAACCCACGCAAUCGUUGCAUGAUGCAUGUUGGCGAGCCGGCUCUUCCGGACCGUGAAUCAAACAGGCUUCCGUGGCAGCUCAGUUUCGGUCGCCUUCCUUAUCCCUUCCUGUCAUGUGUAGUUCCAAACAGCGACGAAGAGGAGAGACGCGGGGAGAAAAGGAGGAAGAAGAUGGCCACCUAUUUCACCCUCAACACCGGGGCACGCAUCCCCUCGGUAGGCCUCGGCACCUACAAGUCCGGCCCCGGCGUCGUCGCUGGCGCGGUCACCGCCGCCGUCAAGGCCGGGUACCGGCACAUCGACUGCGCACCACUAUACAAGAACGAGAAGGAGAUUGGCGCUGCCUUGAACAAGCUCUUUGAUAACGGCGUCGUCAAACGGCAAGACCUUUUCAUCACUUCAAAGAUAUGGUGCAGCGAUCUCGCGCCCGAAGACGUUCCGUCGGCAAUCGACCGCACUCUCAAUGAUCUGCAGCUGGAUUAUCUUGACCUGCACCUGAUUCAUUGGCCCUUCCAGAUAAAGAAAGGCAGCGAGCUGAGCCCGGAAAACUUUGUCGAGCUCGAUAUGCCCGAGACCUGGCGGGCAAUGGAGAAGCUGUACGAUUCAGGCAAGGCCCGCGCAAUAGGCGUGAGCAAUUUUUCGACCAAGAAGCUGGCCGAUCUGCUUGCCGUGGCCCGUGUUCCUCCGGCUGUUGAUCAGGUGGAGUGCCACCCUGGUUGGCAGCAGGCCAAGCUCAGAGCCUUCUGCCACACCAAUGGAGUUCAUUUCUCUGCGUAUGCGCCGCUAGGUAGGAUGAAAGUCGUCGCGGAUAACCCGGUGGUGACAUCGAUAGCCGAGAGUUUGGGAAGAACCCCGGCACAGAUCGCUCUGCGAUGGGGUAUCCAGCAGGGUCAGAGCGUGCUUCCUAAAAGUACCAAUGAGUCGAGGUUGAAGGAGAACAUUGACCUGUUUGGCUGGUCCAUUCCUGAAGAACUGUGUGACAAGUUUUCUGAAAUUGAACAGGUUAAGCGAGUCAGGAACGAAUCAUUGGUGCACUCUCAGAGCAUUUACAAAACAAUGGACGAGCUCUGGGAUGGUGAAAUAUAACUGAAAAUCAGCGCCCGCAUGAAAUGCAAUCUGCAACUAGACUUGAAAUUUAUGAAAUUUACGCCGCUUUGUUUUAUAAGAGGGAAACAAUGCAUCAUGCCAGAAAACGCAGCGACCUCUUGGUGUGCAUUUUUGUUGCAUUUUUGGCAGACGACGUCGGCAUUGUUGCAUGGUAUUGGUAUGCAUGCAUGAAUAUCUAGAGAGGAGCCCAGGAAUGAAAGCAUAGAACGAGCAAAUUUACAGCA